AUGGUUGAACGAAUAGCUAUUCUUGAAACGACACAGAAAUCCCUUCAAGAGACAAUAUCCAGACAACAACAAAUAAUCGAUGGCUGUGAGGUAUCGCACGGCCCGGAUGACCAAUACGGUGUUGCUUAUGACUACCGCGACCAGAUGGCUCAGUCCACAUGUACCGCGUUAUUGGACACCAGCAGUGCGCAUGUGUACGCCGUUCGGCGCGCAUGCUCCAACAUGAUCGUGCCGUGUGAAGUAGUCUGCACAACUCUAAACUUGACUUGUUUCAACUCUCUUCAUGUAUACACUCCCCAAACUUCGCUACCAUCCGGCGUUACUGGACAGCAGAGUGGCCGGAUUUACCGGUACAACAGCUGUGAGGGAUCCUAUUGUGGACCGAACUUCUGCUGCUGCCGCGGCUAA